AUGUUUGCUCGCCACUUGCGGUUGGAAGGGGAAGGGGCGCGUGGACAUUGGGGACAUUGGGGGGUGUUCAAUGAAAUCGAUGACAGCGUCACAGAGAGGUGGGAAGGGGAGAUCGGAAGGGGACUCUGCUGCGGCAACGGAGGUCGUAUUAGGGAGAGAGCAUGCGGAAGAGGGAGAACAGAGGGCCGUAGACGACGAUGGUGUGAGUGCCGGACAAUUGGCAUGAGACGACGGCAGUAGGUAGGGGGUCAAGGAGGCAAAAGGGGUUGGUGGAGAACGGGCGCGGCACAAGGGGACGGCGCCGUCGAGAGCCAAAACGGGGGCGGGGUUAAUGCGAGGUACGGGAGGCGUGUGACUGGCAAGAAACAAGUAUCAAAACCGCAGAUACCAUUCGCCCGUCCGUACCACCCCAAAGGUUAAGUAUGCCGCGCCGACAGCCGCCACUCUUCACGCAAUCAGCACAACAGCCAGUUGUUAUCGUGUGUCAUUCUCGGUAACCUUUUGCUUCCGCCUCUGUGUUUCGCAAUUUUCCGCGCUUGCAGACUCUACCCUUCUUCCUUUGCUGGCAAACCUUUUCGUGCGAACGAAACGUUUGAAACGUUUAACACCUCUAUUCUUACCAAUAAAGACUCUUACUACACUGUACCGUACAU